CGAUCACUCAUCCGACGGGUAUAAAGUCCAGGCAUCCCAAACCCUCGAAUCGAUCCUCACCCAACAAGUCUUCUCUUCCUUCGCUUCUCAACCCUUCGUUACCAACUACACUCCCACUCCAAAUAUCAAAAUGGUCGCCAAGUCCCUCGCCGCUGUCCUCUUCGCUCUCGCUACUCUCACUCCCGCCUUGGCCGCCCCCAACCUUAAGGCUCGUGGACACGACGAUUAUGAGUACUCCAGCACCGAGUGCGAGGAAACUCCCACUUACUACACCUCUUCUUCGUGCGAGGAGACUCCGACUUAUUAUUACUACAAGUCCUCUUCCUCCUGUGAGGAGACGCCUACCUACGAGUCCUCUUCUUGCGAGGAAACCCCCACUUAUGAGUCUUCCAGCUGCGAGGAGACUCCCUAUUACCCCCCUUACUACCCUACGACCUCCUCGUGCGAUUAUGAGUCGUCCUCUAGCAGCGAGUACUGCUACCCGACCACAGUGACCGAGUACAGUUGGUACACCAGUUACGAGACCGUCACAUACUGCGAGACCUCCUACGAGACCACGACGUACUGCGAAUACAUCAGCGUCCCCUACACGGAGGAAAUCGUCUCCACCUACUGCGUCACGGAAACCGAGACCGUCCCCGAGUAUGAGACUAUCACCAGCUGGUAUCCGUACACUACUACCGAGUCUUACGAGGUCACAUACUACGAGACUUACCCCGCUGAGACUGUCACCGAGUACCAGUACGUGUACAACACUGCCACCGAGUACAGCACCGUCUACAGCGAGUACACCGAGGUCGAGACCGAGACCGUCUCUUACACCGGGGAAACCACACCCACCGAGACCUCCACUCUUCCUUACUGCACCGACGAGUACGGUUGCAUCACUCUCUACCUCGACUGCGGGUACUUUGUCCUCACACCUGGUACUGACUGCUACUACACUCCUACUUCUUCGUCCUCUUACGAGUGUACUGACUGCUACUACACUUCUACUUCUUCGUCCUCUUCCGAGUGUACUGACUGCUACUACACUCCCACUUACACUUCCAGCUAUGAGUGUACUGAGUGCACUGAGCACAGCACUCCCACGUACUCUUCUGAGGAGUGUACUGAGUGUACUGAGUACAGCACUCCGACUUACUCAUCUGAGGAGUGUACCGAGUGUGACACCAAGCCCACCGGUGGCUCCGGCUCCUGGUAAGGAAAUGAUCGGACGCUCGUAGGAAUGGAGGGGAUUACGGGAUGAACGGAAACAUAUGAUAUGGGAUAGGUGAACUCUGCCGCUUGCAGAGACUUCUUGGGCCUCCGCCUAAUUCUUUCUGGAGACAUUCUCGCUUUGGUCAACUGACCCUUUAGAUCUUACUUUCCAACAUAUAUAGUUAUACCUUGCUCAAUUUAGAGCAACAGAAUCGAGAAAUCCUUUUUCUUUUCAAGUUGUUGUUCCUCGUAAGUUAGCAGUCGGACAGCAGCUCUUGUCUCC